AUGUCGGCGGUCGUGCUCGACACGUCCGACGCGAUUUCCACCGCGCCGCCCGUCCAAGUGCAAGUGAUCAGCCAAUGGGAGACGGCGCUUCAGAGCAUGGUGGAGGAGAAGGUCCGCUCGUGGUACAAGCUGGCCAAUCAGGGCAUUUUCACGCGCCGCCGAACAAAAGGCGGGAAAAAGCACCACCACCACGACGCGCCGCCCCUGAAGCAGCAGCAGCGAGCGGGUCACCGCGAUGCGGGGGAGCAUCACUCCGUUAAGCACGGGGAUCAUCAGCAUCACUCGGUUAAGCAUCACAAGAAGCACCAUCGAGUAGCGGAAAACGCGGCGGCUCCGGCGCAUGCGGUGGAUGUGCGCGUGGAGUGCGAGGAGGGCGCCGCGGAAACCACGCCGCUGCUUUCGGCGAGCCGGACGCAGCAGCUGGAGCAGAAGCUCGUCAAGGGGGAGCGGACAGUCACCGUUAUUUGCUCGGCAUGCUUUGAGGGUGUCGGCGGCACGGUGUUCGCGUUAUUUGCAUUGUUGUCUCGGCACGCUAUGGGCAUCGUGACGGCGGCCAUUGUCGUGCAGCUGGCGUGUGCGCUGACUUGCUUCCGUCUCUCUUCGUCGUCGUCACAAUGUUCUCGUUGCAACGUUCUCAUCCUCGCGUUCUUCUCGUCUCAUCGAUCUCUCUCCCUUCGCAGGGGUAUCGUCACGGUGGCCAUUCUCGUGGGGCCGGCGUGCGCGUGCGCGCUCUUCGCGCUUCUCUUCCCCGCGCUGCUCCCGUCCUGCCUCGCCCUCUGGGCUAUCAUCGAGGUUAUCUUCGUGGCAAUUCGCUACCAGCAGCUGCGCCACGCCAGCGACCACCGCCCGGAGCUCACGCUACCCUCGCUGGAGAGCGUGUCGGACCUGCUCAGCCGCAUCCUGAAGCUCAAAGGCAUCGUGGAUGCGCGUUAUUUCUUCGAGGGCUGGUUCCACAACACGCCGCUGGAGCGACUCACCCGCGAGCACAUCAAGCAGUUCAUCUCGUUCGGCUUCUUCUAUCGCUCAUUCGAACAGCUCUCGCCCCAAUACCAAGAGGCCGUGGAAGCGCACAUGGAGUCUAUCGCGCAGGUGUGGGAUCUCCCAAUGCUCCGCCGCCCUUCCGCCUCCGACCUUCCCCCUUCCGCGGACCAGCAGCAGGCGCAGCAGGCAGAACCAUCCGCGGAAGCAGCAAGCGCAGGUGAAUCCGCGGGUGCAGCAGCAGGCGGCGCAGGUGGGGAAGCAGAAGGAGCGGGAGCAGCUGGAACAGGAGGAGCAGAAGCAGACCCGGAAUCGGGGACAGUAUCCUGGGCAGCGGCAGCAGCAGCGGGAGCGGCAGUGACAGCAGCAACGACAGUCGCAGCAGCAGCAGCAGCGGGGGAAACAGCCGCGGUCGAGGUGCUGGGGGAAAUGGCGGAGGCUGUGGUGGGCGGAGAGGGGAAGGGCGGAGAGGGGGGAGAGGCGGAGAGUGGGGGGAAGUGGCGGAACGGCGAGGAGGGGAUUGGGUUUAUGGCACACACGCAGGAGCCGCUGAGGGCGGUGGUGCAUCCGCUGUUUGUGUACGCGUGGGGGCACAUGGUGGCUUGGCUGACCUGGAUUUGCCUCGCCCUGCUAGGCUUCCGCAGGCACGUCUCCCCGUCCGGUCUGCACUACUUUCACCGGCCGGGGUGGAAGGAGCAGAAGGGAAACAAGGCGCACAAGGCAGAGGCGGAGGCGGAGAGCGGUGCAGAGGGGUACGACGCGGUGGUGUUCAUCCACGGGCUGGGCAUCGGCCUCACGCCCUACCUGGCCUUCAUCCACAUGCUGCUGGCCGCGUUUGGCUCUAAGCCAUUCAUCGUGGUCGAACUGCCCCACCUCGCCUGCCAGCUCACCUCUGCAUCGCCCACCAUCGAGCAAGUGGCCGCUGCUCUGCACCUUCAUUGCUGCCACUCUCGUAAGGCGCCAUCGGUCCAUGAUAGCAGCAAUGAGCAUCAUCGACCCCGUCUGCCUGCUGCUCUGCCUGCCCAAGUGCUGCACACGUUUGUCUACAGCCUGCCAGGAGGAGACCACCUGGCAGCGUGGAUAGGCGAGGCGGUGCGCUGGGUGCUGUGCUCGCGGGAGCUGCAGGUCGCUCGCAGCAUCUGCCGCGGAUUCUCCUGGCAGGAGUACCUGGUGUGGGGAGAUGAGCUGCCGCCUGCCUCUCUGGUGAUGCUCUCAGGGGAUGACCAGCUGGUGCCGUCGCCGCAGGUGCAGAGCCAUCUGGCUCGCCACAAUGUGAAUGUGAUUUACAACGAUGGGUUUCAGCAUGCGGAGUAUCUGACAAGGCCUGAUGUACAGCACAAAUUCGUUAUGGCGUUUGCAGCUACAUGCGCCAAGCCGAGUAGUUUAGGACGACGGCCCGACAUCAGGUCCGGCUGCCUAGAAUUUAGAGAUACGCCACGGAUUCGUUCGUUCGCGUCAGCCAUUGCCGUCUGGGUUGUUCCAUUCAGGUGCUGUGCGUUGGAGAUGGUUCCGCGAAACACUGUGCUGGCAAACAUGGCGACCUCACGCAGAUUGGAUUCUCAUUUGCGUUUCCCGUUCGCAUUCGGAAUUAUCGCAGCAUGGCUGCUCGUGUCGACUCACGCGGCUUCGCGAAACCCCUUUCUGACCCUGUCGGCCGGAUCCGACGCCGAAUUCGGCAAUCGACGGUCGGUAGACGCCAAGCCGCCGGCGGUGCACGAUCAGCCGUUGAUCGGCAUCCUGUCGCAGCCGGGAGACGGCGACGGGGGACGAGCGCCGCGAAUUAACGCGAAGGAAGACCUCAACGUGUCCUACAUUGCUGCGUCGUACGUGAAGUGGGUGGAGAGCGCGGGAGCGAGGCCAGUGCCGAUCCUGUACGAUGACCCCGAUUGGCUGAUCGAGAAGAAAUUCAGGGCCGUCAACGGGCUGAUACUCCCAGGCGGGGGCACGGAUCUAGUUCCAGGGCCCUUCUUCUCUGCUGUGGAGAAGCUACUCAAGAUGGCCCUGGCAGCCAACGAUGCAGGGGACUACUUCCCCGUGCAGGGCACGUGCAUGGGCAUGGAAACACUCACGAUAUUCUUCAGUCAGGAUUUCGAUAUUCUCGAGACCAAGGCGUUUGCUGCAGAGGACAGCCCAGAAGCAUUGAAAUUCACCAGUGAAGAGGCCAAGAAGCGAGCUUAUUUCAGCUGGAUGACUCCCGAUCUGCUGGACCACAUUCAGAAGGAGAAGAUCACCAUGGAGAAUCACGAGGAUGGCACCACAGUGAGCCGAUUCCUCUCCAGCAAGCGUCUGAGGGAGUUCUUCCGCAUUCUCACCACCUCGGUCGACAGAAACUGCACUGAAUACGUCACAACCAUAGAAGCACGGAACUACCCUAUCUAUGGCACGCAGUGGCAUCCAGAGAAAACGGCAUUCGAGUGGGGGCUACCGCACAUUCCCCACUCGGCACACGCUGUGGCUGCCUGCCAGGCCACCGCCAACUUCUUUGUUAAUGAGGCCCGUCGUUCCACACAUCGCCCCGAAUCAGAUGAGGAGAUGGAUGAGAUGCUCAUUUACAACUACGCUCCCAUCUUCUCGGGCAAGAAUGGGAGAGGAUUUUUCGAGCAGUCUUACAUUUUCAGCAAGGCCCCUGCAGCUGUAUCUACCACCGAGCUGUCUCCGCAACAUGGAGCGGAGCAACAAGCGGAGGGUGCACCUGGGGGAGGCCUGCGCGGCCGUGCCUUGCUUGACGCUGAGAUGCCGUCGCUUGCGGCGGCGGUAGCGGCGGCGGCGGAAGGGAAGAAUGCUUCCGCGCUCGACCUGCUUUUGCGCCGACAGCUCAAGGCUCGCAAGGAGGACCCCGUUCUAAGCAUGCUCGCUGACGCGUGGCACAACAUGCUGAUCGCGCAGUAUUGGGCGAAAAAAACGGCAUGCGGCACGAAGCUGACCGCCGCGUGCAAAGCGCUUCAGAGCGCGGAGGGAUACCUCAAGGCCAAGAGGAACGCCGAGGCAACCGCGCAGAUGAAGAAUGCCAAAGCCACAGCCAGUGGUUGCGCGAACAGCGUUCCUGCCCAGUCGGCGAAGUAUAUUCGCCUCGCUAAGGACCAGAUCGGGCAGACCCAAAUUCUCAUGCGAAGAAAAAUCCUCAGUAACAUUAAAAAGCUCGCGGAUUGCGUGGAGGGGUACGCGUCGGGAACAACUGGCGGGAAGGCGGGGCAAAUCUACCAUGUGACUACAGCGGAUGAUAACCGCCUGAACCCUGCCCCUGGUACCCUUCGAUAUGGCAUCACCAGGGCUGAGCCGCUGUGGAUCGUUUUCGAUGACGAUUUCACGUUCACUGGUCUGAGUGCGGAAAUGAUUAUUUACAAGGACAAGACAAUCGAUGCGCGUGGCAAGAAAAUCGUGGUGGGCAGCGGACCGUGCUUCGCGGUUGAAGAGGUUUCGAACGUAAUUAUUCACGGAGUCUCUUUCGUCAACUGCAAAAACAGGGUAAAUAACAUCAAGAUUAUGACCGGACCUGGCAAUACGUUGGAUGGCCGCGACUACCUUAACGGAUACGGAGUGUACGUUUACAAGUCGCACCACGUGUGGAUUGACCACUGCUCCUUCAACUACGCGGAUGACACGCUUAUUGACAUCAUCGAGGGCAGCACCGCCAUUACCGUAUCGAAUUCCUACUUCACUAACCAGGAUAAGGUGAUUCUGAUGGGCCACAACGAUGCUAACACCAUGGACAGGAAUAUGCGCGUCACUGUCAUGCUCAACAAGUUCGGCCCGAACCUGGACGAGCGCAUGCCACGUGGCAGGUUUGGCACGUUCCACGUGGUGAACAACUACUAUCCCAACGGCUGGGGAAUCUACGCCAUUGGCGGCAGCGCUGACCCAACGUUUCUCAGCGAGGGGAACUACUUUGUGGCCACUGGCGGGAAAACUGAGGUGACGAAGCACGACAUAGCAGCAAGCAAGAGCAUGUGGAGUGGGUGGGACUGGCAGUCCGUGGGAGAUUACUUCGCGGGUGGGGCUUUCUUCACGGAAUCUGGAAGCCCUGGCUACCGGCCACCGUACUCGUAUCAGGCUCUCAAGGCUAUAGAGGUUCCUCGUGCAACAAACCGUGCUGGACCAAUUGGGUUCUGA